UAUAUGACCGCACUCCUGCGACACUGGCCAUACAUCCUUGUGCUCCGCUCAGCCACACAAACUUGGAAUACUAACAAACGGAUCUAGCUGCUUUAAAAAUACCAUACGGACGCAAGGGCCGGAUCUUAGUCUGACAGAUAACUGAGGAAGAAAGUUGAGAUUGUAGGAUCUUCAACCAAACCAGAAAUCCAAAAUCAAAAUGGGUAAUGAAAUGUCAUCUCAUAAAAAGAAAGGACGAAAGGGUAAGGUUCAAAAUGGUGAUCUUAAUGGCCAUGCUGUCAAUGCAUCCUCCGACGACAUGACUGAAACAGUGACCACCACUGAGGUAACUGUUGAGGCCUCUCAGUGCCCUGCCUUGGCUGUCACAACAAAUGCAGAUCCUUCUCCUGUAGUGGAGGCCACAGGUGCUGGCGAGACUGAUGGAGUUCAGGAGCAAUCCCAGGAGCAAUCCGUUGACAAAGCUGCAGCAGAACAAACCGAUGAUGCUGUAUGCGUCAUUGAAGAAUCAAAGUCACCUGGUGAAAAUAAGUCCAACUUUUUCAACAAGCUUUUCAACAAAAAGAGUGACACAAAGCCUGUGGAGGUUGACGUGGAAACCCAUUCAGAAGAAGUUGUCUCAGCUGACCAAGUUGAUGCCGAGGAGGUAACCAACAACCUACAAUCUGCUGCCACGGAAUACUCAUCAAAAACGGGAAACUUUGAAGAGCCUGUGGACAUAAAGGACAGCACAGAGCUUGAACUGCCAGAGAGAGAAUCUCUCCACUCUAGUCCAGCUGUCACUGAACAGAACCAAUCGGAGGAUAAUCCAGUUAUGAACUUUUUUAAAACACUUGUGACUCCAACCAAAACUCCCAAAGAAGCAGCAGCAAGUUCUGAUGUUUCGAAAGAUCAGUCACAGAAAGAAACUGCAGCAACAACAGCUCCAGCAAAUGUACAGGAAGUGGAGGCAAAAGGAAAGAUGGCCCCACCUCCCCCGCCAGAGCCACUGAAGAUGGAAGGCAAGACUGAGCCAACAGCUAAGAAAGAGGAGUCACAGCCUGCACCUAAGGAGAUAGAGGCAGGCGCCAAACCCAAAUCAGCCAAAGAAAGUGCCUUCAGCAAACUCUUCCGUCCAAAGGUAUUACUAGGCUUGAAGGCCUCUAAGGCAGUGCCCAGGGGAACCAGUGCCUCUGCCAAACCAGCUACAGUGGUAAAUGCAGUUGAGGAGACAGCAGCACCUGUGGAGGUCGAGACUGAUGCUUCCAAGGCGGCCACUCUAGAGGCCUGUGCUAAACUAGAACCUGCCCCAGCAGUCAAACAGGAGGAGGAAAAGGCUGAGAAGAAGCCCUCAACUUUUGCGUCCUUUUUUAAACCUAAAGUAUUGCUAGACCAAGUGACCUCUAAGAUCCAGGCGGUGGCCUCAACAAGCAGAAUUCGUGGUGCUGCUAAGUCAGCUGGACCGGCUGCAGAGCCCACAAAGGACUCUCCUGCUGUGGCUGCCAACCCUGAGCCCCCCCAGGCACCAAAAGCCAAAGAGGAGGUGCGAGCUGCCCCACCCAGUGCUCCGCCUACCCCACCAGCCCCACCACUGGACAAGUCUGUGGAGAGUGCUGAAAAUCCAUCCCCAACUGUUCCCCGCAGAGAAAAGAGGAACUCCAUCCAGCUGUUCUUCAAGAACCUGGCUCAGAAGCGACAUUCUGAUGCAGGGGUACAAACGGAGGCUGCCGCACCUUCUACAGCUGAGAAGAGCAAAUGAACCUCCAUCUGCCUGUUUGUUUGCUUGAUGAGAACUUUUGCAUUCAUACAUAGAUAUAUUUAUUAUUUACAUUUUGAUCUGAUACCACCUUUAGAAUGAAGGUGUUGGGUUUAUGGUUGGUUCAUAUCCAGAAAAAGGAAUUUAAAUGAAAGUGGCAUAAGGUUUUUUCAUCUUUUCACAAAUCAUGUAAAAUUAUCUUUUUAAAAAAAUGGCCAUCGGAAGUGGAAUGGUAGGGACCCAAGUUGGAAUGAGUUUUAAUGAUUGUUUUAGGUUUGAGAGAUUUGCAGAAAGUAUAUUGUUUUUGUUAGAAUGUUUUCUCUUUAUGAUAUGACGUGGAGAUACUUUAAACAUAUUUACACUUUUUACACUAAGUUAUCUUGUAUGCUUCAUUGUUUAACAUGGAUCUAAAUAAUUAACCUGCUGAUGUAAAGACUCACACACAAUAUGCAUUACAAUUUUACUGACAAGAACUGAACAUGUUCUUUGACAUACAUUACUUACUUAUUAGACAUCAGCACCUGAAAAUACAAUCUUACCAACGUCAUUCCUCAGUGCCAUAGUACAAAUGUGACCUGAUAGCAAAAUGAGUCACAGUGACCCAAAAUCUUUUUCCAAUUGAAAAACUGAGAAAAUCACAUUUGAAGUUACAGGUUACAGGCAGGUACAGUUUGGAUUUGCACUUGAAUAAUAUUUUUUGUAACUUUACAUUCUUGUCUUGACUUAGAGAAAUUCAUUUUGAAUGCCUCUUCUUUCAUAUAACACCAAAAAAGAAAAUCAAAAAAUGUCAAUGUUUUUUGAAGUAAUCGGCCUGUUUCUCAAUAAUCGGCCUGUAUCUCUUAGAAUGUGCGACUUGUGACUCAUUUUGUCAGAUCAGGUUAUUAGAACACAUUCUCCUUUAAUGAGCACAUUACAGCCACUUGAAAACACUGGAUUGCACUUUAUGAUUUAAUUCAUGUUUUGAGGGACUUUUGACAAUAGCCAUUCCAUUUGAGAAGCCUCAAAAACCUUCAAGCAGCUCAUACAUUUUGAAAACACACGAACACAUGAGUGCACUCAUAGCAAGGGCCUAGGUUUGGUUACAGCUGAGAUAAAUCCCCUUCGUUUUCAGCCAAUGUUGUCCUGGAGAUGUACACUUUAUGAGGACAUGUCGGAAUGAAUAUGACUUCACAACAAAAAUAAUACACGAGUUCACUGAAAUAUUGGUAUGGACAAUUUUGUCAUCCCAUGAUAUCGGUUGACCCUUGCAUCAUGGUGAAAUGUUUUUUUAUUUUUGUUUUUAUUUCUGAUGAUUUGCCCAUUUUAGGACUAGGCACUUGGAUGUUGCAUGAUGUGGAUGUUCAUGACACCAAAAAUGCUAAUUUCUUUUCUUUUUUUUUUUUCUUUUUCUUUUUGUCACAAAAAAAAGCCUGUAAAAUAAUGAUGUUGUACUCGACCACCGCAUAACUAAAUAAAUGAAUGUCUUGUGUCUCUCA